AUGAUGCCUUCCUCCUCCUCCUCCCGCCGCCGGCGCCGCCGCCGCGGCAACCGCAACAGGCUUCCUCCUCCAGCGCCGAUAACGGAGGCGGGAGAGGUCACGAGUGACGAGGCCGAGCUUCCGUCGGCCGUUGCCUACAGGCUGGAACGCAUCCCAUUCUCACGCCCCGCUCCACCAAAACCUAAGCAUGCAGAGCCUCAACCCCAACCCCAUGGCGCGACCCACCCCUCCUCCUCCUUCUCGUCCUCUCGCCGCCGUCGCGGCCGACGCCGCCGCAAGGGGUCAGCACCGGCACCAGCGCCAGCGCCUGCGGCGGAGGAGGCGAGGGACUGGGCGGGGCUCCUGCUGGACGCGCUCUGCGCCAUCCUCCACAAGCUCGACCACGUCGAGAUCCUGACCGGCGCGGGGCAGGUGUGCCGCUCCUGGCGCCACGCCGCGCGCGACGUGCCCGCGCUCUGGCGCCGCAUCGACAUGCGCGGCCACGCGGACAUCCACGAGCUCGACCUCCGCGGGAUGGCGCAGGUCGCCGUCCGCCGCAGCGCGGGGCAAUGCGAGGCGUUCUGGGGCGAGUACGCCGCCCACGAAGGCCUCAUCCUCUUUCUCGGCGACCAGGCACCAUCUCUGAAGAGUCUUCGCCUCAUCUCUUGCUACCGUGUCUUUAUUGAAGAAUUGGUGGAGGCAUUAAACAAGUUCCCUCUACUAGAGGAACUCGAACUCUCACUGUGUUCAAAUAUAGGUGGGAGUCAUAUGUUUGACGUCGCCAAAGCAUGCCCGCAGCUAAGGGUCUUCAGAAUGAGUGAGCUUCGGUUCCACAAUCUCCAAGACGACAGUGACGGCGAAGACGCUGACAGCGAGUUCAGGUACAACAAGAACGAUGACGCCAAAGGAAUCGCAACCAUGCUCCAGUUACGCUCCCUGCAGCUCUUUGCUAACAACUUCACCAACGAAGGGCUGACAGCGAUCCUCGACAACUGCGUCCACCUCGAGUCCCUCGACAUACGCCACUGCUUCAACGUCGUCAUGGACGACGCCCUGCGAGCAAAGUGCUCCAGGAUCAAGACGCUGAGGCUUCCCAACGACCCGACAGAUGACUACGACAUAGAGGCUUUGAGCCCGAUCUGGUCAGGUAUUGGCAUGGGCGUUGACACCGACAGUGAUGGCGAUUGCGUCUAUGGUGGGCCUGACUACAUUCUGGACUCAGAUGAGUACGACGAUUACUGUGAUCCUGAGCGCUACCUUGAUGGUGUCUACAUCGGCAGGCGUGUUACCCUCAUGGAUCUGCUCGAUUCAGGUUAUUCAAUGUUGGGGGUCUCUCUCAACCUUUGCUCGAUUCGGGUUACUGAAUGCUGUGCCAAAGUUGUCAAUGUUUUGUGUUGA